AUGGAUCCAGAGGACCUUGCGGCACAGGAGGCCGUGAGCGAACGAGCUCAGACGGAGGACCUGGACGAAAAGUAUCCCAAUCGCCCGAUCAACCAUUCCCCCACGCUGCCGUUCCACGAGCUGUUCUUGACGCUGUUCAACCCGCUGAACGAGAUCAAGAAGAAACCGACCGGCCCCGUGGCAGCACGACGCAAGACAGGACCGCACGGGAAAAGCGCGGGACUAGGCCUGAAUCCGAUUGAGCGACGGCGCGAUGUCAUCGAGCGGUUCAUCUCGCGCUGGCGCCAGGAAGUCGGGCCAGAUAUAUACCCUGCCUUCCGGCUGAUUCUGCCGGACAAGGACCGCGACCGGGCGAUGUACGGGAUCAAGGAGAAGGUGAUUGGCAAGAUGCUGGUGAAACUGAUGAAGAUCGACCGCAACUCGGAGGAUGGGUUCAAUCUGCUGAACUGGAAGCUGCCGGGCCAGACGGGCGUAGUAGGCGCCGGGGGCGGGACGGCGGCAGCGCGCAUGGCGGGCGACUUUGCGGGCCGGUGCUAUGAUGUGCUCUCGAAGCGGCCUUUGAGAUCCGAGGUGGGAAGCAUGCGUAUCGACGAGGUGAACGCGAAGCUCGAUGAGCUGGCCGCCGCGUCGCGCGAGGAGCAGCAGCUGCCUGUGCUGGCCGAGUUCUACCGGCGUAUGAACCCGGAGGAACUCCUGUGGUUGAUCCGGAUCAUCCUGCGACAGAUGAAGGUUGGGGCGACCGAACGUACGUUUUUUGACGUCUGGCAUCCCGACGCGGAGAAUCUGUAUAGCAUCUCCAGCAGUCUGCGCCGGGUAUGCUGGGAGCUGCACGACCCGAACCUGCGGCUCGAGGCCGAGGAUCGCGGGAUAACGCUGAUGCAGUGUUUUCAGCCCCAGCUGGCGCAGUUCCAGAUGCACUCGUUUGCGCGGAUGAUCGAGCGCAUGCGCCCCACGGACGACGACCGCGUCUUCUGGAUCGAGGAGAAGCUCGAUGGCGAGCGCAUGCAGCUGCACAUGGAGGCCGACACGGCCAUGCCCGGCGGCCGCCGCUUCGGCUUCUGGUCGCGCAAGGCAAAGGAUUACACCUAUCUAUACGGCAAUGGCCUACAGGACGAACAUGGCGCGCUCACCCGCCACCUCGCGGACGCGUUUGCCGACGGGGUGGAGAAUCUGAUCCUCGACGGCGAGAUGAUCACCUGGGAUCCUGAGCAGGAUGCCCCCGUUCCCUUUGGCACGCUCAAGACUGCCGCCCUGGACCAGCAGCGGAACCCCUUUGCCUCGGGCCCGCGCCCGCUGUUCCGCAUCUUCGACAUCCUUUACCUGAAUGACAAGGACCUGACCAGAUACACGCUGCGAGACCGGCGCAACGCCCUGAGCAAAGCCAUCAUCCCCGUGCACCGCCGUUUCGAGAUUCAUCCGUACCAGGAGGCGACGACCACGGACGAAAUCGAGACCGCACUACGCACUGUCGUCGCCGAGGCCUCAGAGGGCCUGGUGCUCAAGAACCCACGGUCACCCUAUCGCCUGAACGAGCGGCACGAUGACUGGAUGAAGGUGAAGCCCGAGUACAUGACUGAGUUUGGCGAGUCGUUGGACCUGAUCGUCAUCGGCGGGUACUACGGCUCGGGAGCCCGGGGCGGCGCGCUGUCCAGCUUUCUAUGCGGCCUACGUGUCGACGACGAUCACCACCGGCCUUCUUCUUCCUCCUCUUCUUAUUCCUCCUUCUCACAGGGAGCGCCAGACGGUAGCAAAUGUUUCUCCUUUUGCAAGGUGGGCGGCGGCUUCACGGCAGCCGACUACGCCAACAUCCGACAUCACACGGACGGCAAGUGGCAUGAGUGGGACGCCAAACGGCCGCCGGUAGCAUUUAUCGAGCUGGCGGGGGGCGAUGCGCAGUAUGAACGACCGGACAUGUGGAUCAAGCCCGCCGACUCGGUCGUGCUGUGCGUCAAGGCCGCCUCGGUCUCCGUCAGCGAUCAGUUCCGGCUCGGGUUGACGCUGCGGUUCCCACGGUUUAAACGGCUGCGCAUGGACAAGGAUUGGAAGAGCGCGCUGUCGGUUCAGGAGUUUCUCGAUCUCAAAUCCAACGUCGAGAGCGAGCACAAGACCCGGGAAUUUGCCGUCGACAACUCGCGCAAGAAACGUAUCAAACGGCCGACGAAGAAACCGCUCAGUAUCGCGGGAUAUCAGGCUGAAGAAGUACAAUAUGCAGGGCCAUCAGGGCAUGUCUUUGACGGGAUGAACUUUUACGUUAUGACCGAGUGCCUUGCGCCUGAGAAACGGUCCAAAGCCGAACUGGAGCAGCUCGUGAAAGCGAACGGAGGGAAAAUCUACCAGACCAGCACGGCUGCCACGAACACGAUCUGCGUUGCUGACAGGAGAACUGUCAAGGUUGCGUCGGUGCAGAAGAGCGGCAAGGACAACGUUCUGCGGCCGUCGUGGAUUCUCGAUUGCGUCAAGCAGAACGAAGUCGACGUCGGGCUUCCUGAUUUGCUUCUCCCGCUUGAACCAAGACACAUGUUCUUUACGCUGGAAGCUCGCAAGGACGAGAUCGCCGCCGCCGUGGAUCAGUACCAGGACAGCUUUGCCCGGGAUGCCACUAUGGAAGAACUGAAUGAGAUUUUGAACCGGAUGGAAAGCGAAACACUUCCCGACGCAUCUUCCGUCAAACGCCUUGAGAUGCACAUCCAGGAAAGGGUCCAGGCGGGAUACGAAGCGCCCUGUGGCUGGUUGUUUCAGGGAUUCACCUUGUACUUCCACUACGGAGAGGAAGAGCAGCACCAGCAGCAGAUCCAGCUGCCGCUUCGUCUGGCAUCCAACGUGGCUCGAUUCGCCGGCGCAGCGGUGGCCUGCUCGUCGGACGACUCGCACAUCACACACGUCGUCCUAGCUGCGGACUGUGCGGCGGCUGAGAUUUCGCAUGUGAGGGCGUUUUGGGCUGCCAGGCCUGGCAAGACGGUUCCCCAUGUUGUCCUGGCGGCCUGGAUCGAGGAUAGUUGGCAGGAGGGCACGCUGCUGGAUGAAGAGAGCGUGUAUGACCCGAACUCCGAUCACCGGCGAAAAGGUGUAUAUAGAAAAGACGCCGAUACGCUGCGGACACGCAACACUACCCUGCAAACGAUCAUUCAUGCGAUUCUCAAUUACGAGGAAGACGACGCGCUCGGCCUAGUUCGGCAAAUCCGAGCCUGUGACAACUUGGAAGACGUGGCGGAAUCGAUUCUUGCCGGCGAGAAACAACUCACAGAGCAGCCCGGGGAGGAAGUGGGAUUGGUAAGUGAUGAGGAUCCGAUAGAGGCGGAUCAAUUCGAAGCAGAGCUGGCCGGGAAGAUGAGCGAGGUGCUACUUGACGGCUCGCGCAAAUUCAUCGGCGGCACCUCCAACCUCGUCUUCCUGCCACCAGGAUCCGAGCUUUUUGAACAAGAACACGCCCUGGCCCAACAACGCGAAUCCUCCGUCACCCACUGGACGGAAGUCACCAGAAACAAACAGUUGAUCAGCCACCUCUUGACCAUGUACUUUACCUGGCACUACCCAUUCUUCACGACACUCUCCAAGGAUCUCUUCUACAGAGACUAUAUCCGUGGGAUCCCCAGCCAAUACUGCUCCUCAUUGCUGGUCAAUGCGAUGUUGGCGCUGGGGUGCCACUUCAGUUCGUGGGACGGGGCACGUCUGGAUCCGCGCAACUCGGCGACUGCCGGCGAUCACUUCUUCAAGGAAGCCAAACGACUCCUCUUGGAAAACGAUGAGCACGAAAAUGCUCGGCUGUGCACCGUUCAGGCCCUUGCUCUCAUGUCAGUCCGCGAGGCCGGCUGUGGGCGUGAGGGGAAAGGCUGGGUGUACAGCGGCAUGAGCUUCCGUAUGGCUCUUGAUCUAGGUUUGAACCUGGACGUCCCCAGCCUCGGCUCCCACACGCUGAGUGAAGACGAGAUUGACGCCCGACGCAUCACUCUCUGGGGCUGCUUUCUCUUUGACAAAUGCUGGUCGAAUUAUCUCGGCCGUCAACCUCAGCUCUCCACUGCCAACCUGAAUGUUCCCAAGUUUGAUAUCUUGCCCACAGAGGAAGCAGAACUAUGGUCCCCUUAUACAGACUCCGGUGUGGGCCAACAACAUACCCAGCCCGCCCGAAUCCGAACAGUUGCCCUGCAGGUCGCCAAAUUGUGUGAGAUCAGUGGGGAUCUGCUGAGCUUCUUCUAUCACCCGGCACCAACAGAGAAUACCCCGGGCAGACAGGUCGAACUGAAACGGCUCAGCGAGAUUCAUACCCGGCUCGAAGCGUGGAAGAAGACCCUACCGAGAGAACUGGAGCCAAGGGAGGGCCAGCUGCCACAAGUGCUUGUCAUGCAUAUGUUCUUUCAGCUCCUGCAUAUCCACCUUUUCCGACCUUUCCUCAAAUACACAAAGGCGAACUCCCCUCUUCCCCCUCAUGUUUCGCCACGUAAACUCUGUACUCAGGCUGCCUCGGCCAUCUCGAAGCUGCUACGCACGUAUAAGCGCACGUAUGGCUUCACCCAGAUAUGCAACAUCGUGGUAUACAUUGCCCAUACGGCAUGUACAAUCCAUCUGCUGAACCUCCCCGAGCGAAAUGCCCAACGGGAUAUCGUGCAUGGAUUCAAGAACCUCGAGGAAAUCGGCGAAGGCUGGUUGUGCGCACGCCGCACACUCCGGAUUCUCGACAUAUCCGCUAACAAAUGGCACGUGGAGCUGCCCAAGGAAGCCGUUGCCGUGUUGGAACGCACGCACGCGAAAUGGGGCUCAUGGGGCUCUUGGGAUCAGUCAACCUCACCGUCCGCAAGCGCCGAUUCCCCCACCGCGGCCGCUCUUGGUCAUCUCGUAUCGGCAAGCUCCUACUCAUCUCCGGAACGAAAUCUGCAACCGAUGCAGUACCACGACGCGAGCAUUACUACUGGACCGUCGAUUUCUGCCGCCGCCUCUGCUGCUGCUGCUGCCGCUGCCACCAUGACAGCCUCAUACCCACCCUCCACCUCCCCGUCUAUACCGAUUUCACUAACUGCAUCACCCAUGCCGACAGCCCGCCGGUCCCUGAGCGCGCAGUGGCAGCGGCUUCCAGUCUCACAGCCGGAACCAACGUACCUCCGCCCAACGACGCAAAUGGCCUUUCCCUCCCUGCAGAUGAUGCCGCCAUCCUCCCAGCAGGACGCCUGGUACGAGAGGGAGAAGGAGAUAUCCCCCGCGUCCGACAAUUUCGUGGAACAAAGCCAGGGCUGGUGGUCUCGCGAGCAGGCUACGCUCGGUCUGGGCGUCGAGGCCUGGGGGGAACCAUCAGUCUCGGCUGCUACUACUCCAACGGCUUACGAGGUGCCCUUCAACACGUCCGUGUUUACGCCUGGGCAGAUGUCUGCCGAGACUGCAACAUCACCCGCGCAGAUGAAUCCUGUGGAGGGUAAUACGCCCCAGUCUCAGGGAACAAGUACCCCGUACACUAUAUACCCUGGGAGUUACCGAUGA